UUUGAGAACAGAAGAGGCUUUUGUAUGUAUCUGUUCUCUUUUGCCUCAACCAAUACUCUUUCAUGGCUUCUUCUUCCUCUUCUCGUCAACUGAAGUAUCAAGUUUUCCUGAGCUUCAGAGGUCGAGACACCCGCCUCAACUUCACCAGUCAUCUUCUCGAAGCUUUGAAAGGCAAGGGACUUGAUGUCUUCUACGAUGAAGAAACACUGGAACGAGGGGAUCGUAUUUCACCAGCGCUUUCUCAAGCAAUCGCAACCUCAAAUCUCUCGAUAAUCGUUUUGUCUAAAGACUAUGCUUCUUCAAAUUCAUGCCUGGCGGAGCUCUCCGACAUCAUGGACCGCAAUCGCACUCAAGAACAUAUUGUUGUUCCUAUCUUUUAUAAGGUUGAUCCCUCCGAUGUGCGGCAUCUUGGUGGGAACUUCAAAACAUCCUUUGAUCUCCAUGAAUCAGAAGGGCUAGAACAAAUGCAGCAAUGGAAAGCUGCCUUCACUGAAGUCGGCAAAAUAAUAGGCUGGCAUAUAAAAGGAGACGAAUCCGACCGAUCUGAAGCUGAGUACAUCAAGGUUAUAAUUGGUGAUGUUAUAAAAAAGUUAACGAAUGGAAAGUCUAGAAGUGAAGAAUUAGUUGGAAUAGAUGAUCAGAAAAAUAUGAUUUUGAAUCUGAUUGAGCAAAGAGACUGUCGGGUAAUAGGACUAUGGGGAGCAGGUGGCAUAGGCAAAACCACUCUUGCUGAUGUUAUAUAUAAGGAAGUCUCUACCAAGUUUGAAGGCUGUUGCUUUCUUCAAAAUGUUAGAGAGAAAAUAGAAAAUCAAGGCAGGGAAUAUUUACGAAAUGAACUUUUUUCCAAAUUAUUAGAACAAAAAGAUGUUCGUAUAGACACCCUUUCCAUAGGAACCCCUUACCAAGAGAGGCUGAACAAUAGAAAGGUAUUUGUUGUCCUUGAUGAUGUUAGUGACCCAGACCACAUAGAUUUCAUGGGUGUUAGACAUUUUGGUGAUGGAAGUAAAAUCAUUCUAACAUCUAGGGACAGACAAGUACUUAAGAAUGGAGGAGCUGACAAAAUACACGAGGUCGACAAAUUAAAUAAGAACGACUCUCUGCAACUUUUUUCUACAAUUGCAUUUAAGCAGUCAAAUCCCGCUGCUGAUUUUCGAGAUCUAUCGAACAAGUUUGUGGAAUACGCCCAAGGCAAUCCACUUGCUCUUAAAGUUUUGGGUUCUAAACUGUACACAAAGUCUCAAAGAGAGUGGGAAGACGAGGGGAACCCAAGAAAGAUGUAG